AUGGAGAUUCUCACGCAGCACCUGCAGGCCAUGGCGGACGCCGUGGACUUCCCGCUGAUGGACCGGUGGCUUGAGGACCACGUCGAUGUGCCGAUCGUCGCCACAGCGUUCUACCUUUUCCUCGUGCACGUCGUGCGGGAUAGCUACAUGAAAGGGCGCCCGGCCUACCACCUGCGUGGGCUGAACAUCAUGUGGAACCUCUUCCUCUCCUUCUUCUCCUUCGUCGGGGCCUACUACUGCGUGCCGCGACUCUACGAGAUCGUGACGGCGCCGGUGAUCAGCGGGUUGGAGCCGAGCUCGCUGCGCUACGUCGCGAACAUGACCGCGGCGAUGCGGCGCAACAUCGUCAUCCCGGACGACUUCCGCGAAGGCGUCGAUGCCGUCGGCGUGCGCGGCUCGCUGGACACGUCGCUCUGCGUCUACAAAGAUGACGUGUACCGCCGCAACAUCUCCGGUCUGCUGUGCCUGGCCUUCAUGUUCAGCAAGAUCCCAGAAAUGUUCGACACCGCCUUCCUCGUCUUCCAGAAGAAGCCGGUUAUCUUUCUGCACUGGUACCACCACGUCACGGUGAUGCUGUACUGCUGGCACGCCUGGAUCUCGCCCACGAGCAGUGGGCUGUGGUUUGUGUGCAUGAACUUCUCGGUGCACGCCAUCAUGUACUUCUACUACUUCAUCGCCGCCUGCGGGUACGGCAAGCUCGUGCGCCCCUUUGCCCCCCUCAUCACCUUUUUGCAGAUAGCGCAGAUGGUGGUCGGCUCGGCGAUCGCGGUGUACGUCUACUACAUGGACCAGUUCGGCGACGGCUGCGACUGCCGCUCCUCCAACGCGAAGCUGGCGCUGAUGAUGUACAUCUCCUACUUCGUCCUCUUCAGUCAGUUCUUCCGCAACCGCUACAUCAAGAAGAAGCCCAAGCCGUCGGUGCCCUCCACCAUCUCGUCUGCGGCGCCCUCGCUAAGCGCCGACAAGAAGACGCAGUAA